AUGCCUGCGAGGGACCAUGACGAGCACCUGAUCGGGGAGGGGUUGCCCCGUUCUCCUAGCUCCGACCUGGGCAUACACAAGAUCGAGCGGCCAGCUGCCCGGGCAGCGGGGCCCGGCCUGGAGGAGCGGCUCUUCCAGCAGGUGCGGGACCACUUCAGCUUCGAGACCUGUGGCAACGAGACCUUCCCGCAGCGGUACCUGGUCUCAGCAAAGUUCUGGAAGAAAGGAUUUGGACCCAUCUUUUUCUAUACUGGCAAUGAAGGUGACAUCUGGACUUUUGCUCAGAACUCUGACUUCAUAUUUGAAUUAGCAGAGGAAGAGCAAGCACUUGUGAUUUUUGCUGAGCAUAGGUACUAUGGGAAGUCUCUUCCAUUUGGACUUGAGUCAACACAGCUGAAGAAGACUGGUCUGCUUACUGUGGAACAAGCCCUCGCUGACUAUGCAGUGCUAAUUACUGAGCUUAAGCAGCAGUACGGUGCUGCAGACUGCCCUGUCAUUGCUUUUGGAGGCAGCUAUGGAGGAAUGCUGAGUGCUUACAUGAGGAUGAAAUACCCAAACAUUGUGGCCGGAGCAUUAGCUGCCAGUGCUCCUCUGCUGUCUGUGGCUGGGCUUGGAGACCCCACCCAGUUCUUCAGAGAUGUAACAGCAGAUUUUCAGAAGUCCAGCCCAGGCUGCGUCACAGCCGUCCGCAAAGCCUUCCAGCAGAUUAAGGAUCUGUGCCUGAGUGGAGGCUAUGAUGAAAUCAGCAGCAAAAUGGCCACAUGCAAUAAGAUCUCUAACAAGGAGGAUGUUUACCAGCUUUUUGGGUUUGCUAGGAAUGCCUUCACCAUGAUGGCCAUGAUGGACUACCCUUACAAAACCGAUUUCAUGGGUCACCUCCCUGCCAAUCCAGUGAAGGUUGGCUGUGAACAAAUCCUUGCCCACACAGACCCAAUUCAAGGCCUGGCUGCUCUUGUUGGGGUGUUUUACAACUCCUCCGGCUCGGCACAGUGUUACGACAUAUACCACCUGUACCAGUCUUGCGCUGACCCCACGGGCUGCGGCAUCGGCUCAGACGCUGAGGCCUGGGACUACCAGGUCUGCACCGAGAUCAACUUAACUUUCAACAGCAACAACGUGACAGACAUGUUCCCCAAGAUGCCCUUCACAGAGGCCAUGCGAGAGCAGUACUGUUGGCGCAAAUGGCACGUGAGGCCACGAGCACACUGGCUGCGGACAAACUUCUGGGGAGGAGACCUGAAAAGUGCAAGCAACAUCAUUUUUUCAAAUGGAGACUUGGACCCAUGGGCUGGAGGUGGGAUAAACAGCAGCCUCAGUCCUUCACUAAUUGCAUUGACCAUUAGAGGAGGUGCUCAUCACCUAGAUCUCCGAGGACACAAUCCAGCUGACCCCCCGUCCGUCACGGAGGUGCGCCAGCUCGAGGCAAGCAUCAUCAAUGGCUGGGUGAAAUCUGCAGGGAUGGAAAGAGCACGGGAGCAGCGCUCGGGAGCUCCGGCGGGCGGAUGGCUGUGAAUACAUCCAUCCCCACAGCCCCCGGCAGGGGUGCGAGGCUGCCACCGGGAUACAAGACGACAGCAGCCUGCUGAGCUGUGCCCGUGCUGUUUGGGAAAGUGUUAUCUCCUCUGCCAUGACAGUGGAAAUUCACCUUUCUGAACUGUCCCACCUGCCCUCAACCAAGCAUCAAAAGAAAAGCAAAAGGCCAAAUCCCUGACUGAAGCCAAAACCGCAUUGUGUGGGUUUCACGCUCACCUGCUCAGAAUGAGACGGCAUUAUAAGCAGUGGAAAUAAUAAAAGCUUGCCUGGGAGGCCCAAGAACCAUCACUGUCCUGAACAGUAUGGUUGCAGGAGGCACCUUAAGGUUGAAGAUAAAUUAUUUUUAGGCAAAAUGUAAAUAUUAGGUGACGAGCAGAAAAGCAGAGGUAUGGUCAUUACUUACACAGGUUCACGGGGGACUCCACUAGUGACCAGUUAUAUAAAAAAAAAGACUCUGUCAGCCUCAUCCAGUGCUGUGCGUUUGGUUUUUUUGUUUGGUUUUGUUUUUAACUUGCGCAAGAGAUCUCCAGUUGUUGAGCUGAAGAUUUACACAAAGUAAUCCCGGUGUGUACUGCUGUCACUCAAGAGUUCUGUAUUAGUGACCAGUAAAGCACGCUUCCACUUCAAACAUCUUCAGAUCUUUUUAAAAUAAAUUACAAGUUUAUUAAAGUGUAUGAUAUAAUUUCAUGGCUUGGUAGUAUAACCAAAGAAGAUAAAAAAGGAUAUUUCCCACCUUCCCAGGUGGAGUAAACUCCUCUUUGCACAUAAACAGGUAGAUUCUUACCUACUGGAAUUACUAUGCACCAAUAAAUACUAGCAUAAUUGCAAAAAUAUUAAAUCCCGGUAAUCAAUUGGCUGCCUCAGUUGAUCCAUUUACAAUGAUUUUAUGAGUUAGUGGAGAAGCCUCCCGGGUCAUCAAAGGUUUACAUCACUUAUACAGGCAGAGUCAUGGCAUUGCUUCAGCUUCUGUUACAUUGCUCAAACACAAGGCUUUGUGUUAAGUAUUUGCACUGCUGGGUCCUCCCUGCCGUCACGGGACGAUUGGUUCCCAGAGCUACGAUGUCGCGAUGUUAUUUCACAAUAUUUGGGUGCUGACAAAAGGGCUUUUUGCAUACGACCCGCUUAUCUCUUCCCUGUUCUUAAACACAAACGGCCAGAGCUUCUGCCCCCACCCCCAGGUGAGGAGUGCGGGGGAAGAGCAGGAACAGAUGAAGUCCAUUUAUCAGAUCUUUCAGAUACGUACAAAUGAAGGACAACAUAUGGAAGACCCGAUUAGUCAAACUCCAGCCCCCAAAGAAAAACGCUUUAAGACUGUUAGUGGAACCACAUCCUCAAUAAGACCCGUAUCUUCUCUGUUUGCGCUGACGAAAACCUCUACAUCUCUGCCAAGAGCUGUCAACGUCCCUUUUGCUCAUACUGACGUCAGGCUUCAGGUUUGUUGCUGAAACUAUGGCUUACACAGCGCUGCCACUUCCAGCCUUACUGAGAUGCCAGAAUCUGGCAUUCACCCUCCACGCUCACAGACGCCCCCCACCAACUUUUCAGAAUUUAGAUUUGCUGUACCCCAGCAACUAUUCAGGACUAGCACCACAUUAAAAAAGCAGACAGCGGUGGAUGUGUCUGGAGGAUUACACCUUGCUUGUAUUACCUUUCUAACAGCAUCCUUCGCUCCCAGCAAGCAGGCACCCUAAUUAAACCAACCCGCUGGCUGCAUUAAAGCAGCCAAGUUCAGUGUGAGUCUUUUGGAAAGCGAUCUGCAAGUUACCGCCUUUGUCCAGCGGCUUGUUUUGUGCCUUUGAGUGAACAGAGGCCCAGAUGUCUUGACCUUCCAGAAGGAUAGUUCUUUAACCCUCUUGUAACGGACUAUACUGAUCUCUUCUUUUCCUCUUGCAGCUAGUACUUGCCCCAAAGGAAUCCACAGUGUGAGGGACACAAAUGGUUUGAUUUAUACGGAAGGAUGAACUAAAGGCUUUCAGAUGCUAUGGCAAAGGGAUGAACAAGAUACACAUAGACUUCCAUGCAGAUGAUAGAUGAGCAGUGCUAAAAAUAACAAAAACAGGCUUCAAAAACUGUGGCAGAAGUCUGAAGCCAGUUCCACAGACGUCCAUAACGUUUUGAAGCCUUGGGCAAGGAAGAAUG